AUGAAAUAGGGUGAUGAUAAUAUCUCUGGAGUUGUUAAAGUAAGGAUUAACAAUUAAAAAUAAAUAAAGCAUUUGGGAAUCCGAGUUGAAUUGACUGGACACAUUGAAAUUCUCAAUGAUCAAAAAUAAAGUUCAGAUUUCAUGUCAAUAUCAAGAGAGUUGGAACCUUAAGGUUUAUUAUUUGAAGACUAGAUAUAUAAAUUUUUAAUUUUAAAACUUUGA